UAGGUGUAAUCUGCAUCAAAUGAACAAAGCACUUGACUUCUUCUAAGCUUCCUUGUACUUGUAACCUUGAACUUCCCUUCUUGACAAGACCGCGCUCCUUACAUACCAUCGUCUAAACUUUUUUCUAUUAUCUUUUUUUUUUAUUUUAUUAUUAUUGUUUUUUUUCUACUUUCAUUUUUUCUGUAACUAACAUCUCAUCCCAGUCUUUCAAAAUCUUAGUUAUUACGAUUAUUUUCUUACCUUACUUACAACUGAAUUGAUCUGAUUCAAAGUCAUCUCCUUGUAUGACGGUUUGCAUGCUGAGUGAAUCACAAUAAUUUCGCGCCAGAUGGACGCGACCCUUCGUGCAACACCACAGUUAUUACAUGGAGACUCACGUAGAUGAGGGGACGCCUUUGAGCAAUUAUCUCGAGGGCACGGGGGAGAAAGAGGAGUUGUCGUGGCAGGAACCCGAGGACGAUAGAAAUCACGACCUCUCACCGCCGUCUAGUCCACGAGAUUUUGCUCCGAGAGGCCUUGCCAAGGUUCGGAGGAGGUUUCGGGAAAACCUGCCGAAGCCCCUGCAUCUCGACUCUAAUAGUUUUCCGUCUCGUAUCAACCUGGACGACCUUCAUUAUCAUGCCUCCCCUAUUUUUGAUCUUUUGCGAUUGUUACUGGAGGCUGUUACUUCCUCCAUAGACCAUGCCAAAUCGAUUGGAUUUCUCGAGCGGCUACGGCUCACCAUCGUCCAGUCCCAGCUUCUAGACAACCCCUUAGUGCUAGGUUACCAACCAUCACCAGAACCUACUUCACCACAACCGACCGAUGAAUCCAGCUUCCAUGGGUUUACAGUUCCCGGUGCCGUUGCCGCGGCCGUGUUCGGGUUCGGUGCGGCAUCUCUUGUCCGGUGGUUUUCGGUUGGAGGUUUCAUGCCAACUUGGAGACGGUUGCUAGCCUCUGCUGCAGUGUUAUCUCUGGUGCUUCUAAUCGCUAGAGCAUAUGUUCGAAGGCAAAUUUUACGAAAUAUACAAAAAGAAGGGCUUGCAGAAGCCUCGAUGUUCUUUUCAUCUUCCCGGGAUUAUGACUGUGCAAACAGUGCCGCGCUUAACUUCAUAAUGGAAGUGGAACUAGUCUCCCGCGGCUAUCGACUGAGCACUCCCAUUCCUCCCAUCAGCCGGUUAGAAAGUAAUGGGCAAAGCGUCAAGUGCCUGCAACUAAGACAAGCCCUCCGACACAGCUUGACGGAGGUUAUCUCCAAGUACUAUCAGGUUGCCUUCACGAUAUGGGCAUUUGCAGAGCAGACCGAACUACAACAACUACAGUCCCAGUAUCAGUUCACAGUUGCUGAUGUAGUAGAAAGAUUCCAAGUGCUAUCGAAGACAGACGCUCAGGAUAUUGAGAAGUUACAGCCGUUGAAAGAUGCUGCCUUCCUAUUCCACGAUAUUCGAAAGAUGUUCUUGAGUGGACUGCUGGCUCUUCACACGGUUGGAAACGACACCGACCGACUCCGUUUCACCACCAUAUUAGAAGCGUUCAGAGAGUUAAACGUCGUCACAAGGCAAGCCUAUGCUCGGGUGAGAGAUAUCCUGGCUGACAACGACUUUCAAAUUCCCAAAACCCCCCGAAGCCCCGAGACCCCUAAUCACGAUCGAUGGCGUCACCAAGUCCGCAGGCUAAAUUCGAUGACCAUGAACAUCCGCAGCGUGCAAGCUAAGUUGCAUCUCCUACGCGAAGAGUCAUCAAAGGCCUUGAACGAAGCCGAUGAUAUUACCGACCUCGGGCCAUUGUUUAUGUCUCAGUAUGAGUCGAUAGGCCAAGAUUUACGAGAUCUGAUGGAAGCAUGGCAGACAGGCAAGGCAUCGUUGGCGUCUGGUAUCGAUAGAAACGAGAAGCGCCUAUCAUCCAUGGGCUCUACGCUUAUGUCUCCUAUAAGCACCAUGAGUGGACGAACCAUCGCGGAGGAAGACGAGAACAGCUCAGACGAACCGGGUAUUGCUGACGCAUUGAAGAAACUCAAUGGUGGCAUUUCCCCGCCAGGAGAGCUAGAUAUGCGACACGAGCCAGAAGUCUUUGAGGCUAUCUCGAUUCCUCGGCCGAAGAGCCUGCUUACGCGGGAAGAGAGAAUCGUCAGGAUGAGGGAAGACCGCAAGUCCCGGGAGAUCGCUAAAGCGAGAGCUGAAGCCCAACGAGGCAUGAUGCGAGAGUUGCAGGGGGUGUUGGAAAGAAAACCUGGCCGUGGCCGUAUCUCUCUUUGAAAUUACAUCGUCACUUUGUAUUAUUUCUCGUUUUUCGACUUACAGCAGUAACUGGGCCUCGAGGCGUUGGUAACGAGUUAAUUAUGAACUGGGUCAUAUUUGGUUGCAGUACGGCGCUUUUGGGAUAGAAAGAGGGGUUCAACCUAGGGUCCAGCCUAGAGUUGCUUGCCUUCACCGUAGCACUGCUCGGGCUGUUUUGUUUGGGAUUAGAGGUGACUUGACUUAGAUAAAAGAGCUGGCCAUCCAUACGAUCGUUGUAUGUAAUGUUUUUUUCUUAUGUCGCCGUAUAUAUAUACUUGCACAUACCCGACCGCCUAUCUACUAGCUUUAGGUAUAUACAUAUAAAUAAAAAGACUCUUUUGAGAGAAUAUAAAA